UUUUUUCAGUCACAUUCUUUUCUGUACAUGUGAAACUUAAAAUUUUAACUCCACUCAAAAUUCAGAAAGUUUACCUCUUUUUCUCAAAACCCACCUAAAGAUCCAAAAUCGACAUUCAUCCGUGAUUCUUUUAUGUCUUUCUCUCUCUUCCCCCAUUUCACCCACUUGCAAUCUUGCAUUGUAUCUGAAUUUUUUUAAUUUUUUUGAUGAUUUUCUUUGUUUUUAUAUUCCUGUAAAAAUUAUUUAUAUAUAUGACUUUUCACAAGAAACCAUUCUUAGCUUUCACGAGACUGCAUUUUAUCUGAUUGGGGAAAAUGUUGCUCUCUUUUAGCUUGAUUUUGUCGUCACAUAUUGUUGAAAUCUACGUAUAAUUGUAUAAAGUUCAUUCCUUUUUAUAUAUAUACAUGUGGGUUCAUCACUUUUCUUCAUUUAUUUUUACCCAUACUAUUCAAUUUUUCAUUGAAUUUGAUUAAGGGUUUUUUUGGGUUUUUUAUAAAAUUGAAGAGGAAAAAAAAAAGAUGAGAUUUUGGUUAUGCAAUCAAAUUUUAUUGACAAGUUUUGUGCUUUUUUUAUGUGGUUUUGAUGUUUGUUAUGCUAAAGAAUGUACUAAUUCUCCAACCCAACUAUCAAAUUCUUUGAGAUAUGAAUUUUUUACAUCAAAAAAUGAGACAUGGAAAAAAGAGAUUAUGUCUCAUAAUCUUUAUCAUUUAACACCAACUGAUGAAGUUGCUUGGUCUAGUUUAUUCCCUAGGAAAAUGUUGAAGGAAGAAGAUGAAUAUAGUUGGAAUGUUUUAUACAAGAAAAUUAAGUAUUCUAAUGAUAAAGUAAAGGGUAGUUUUCUUAAUGAAGUUUUACUUCAUAAUGUGAGAUUAGACCCUAAAUCAUUACAUGGGAGAGCUCAACAAACAAAUUUGGAGUAUUUGUUGAUUUUAGAUGUGGAUAGUUUGGCAUGGAGUUUUAGAAAAACUGCUGGUUUGCCUACACCAGGAAUUCCAUAUGGUGGAUGGGAAGCACCCAAUAUUGAGCUUCGAGGCCAUUUUGUAGGGCAUUACUUGAGUGCAACAGCACAAAUGUGGGCAAGCACUCAUAAUGAGACUCUUAAAGCAAAGAUGAGCGCAUUAGUAUCUGCUCUCAAGGAGUCUCAAAAUGCAAGAACAGGAUAUCUUUCUGCAUUUCCACCUGAACUCUUUGACAGAUUUGAAGCUAUACAACCUGUUUGGGCACCUUAUUACACUAUCCACAAGAUCAUGGCAGGCCUCUUGGAUCAGUAUAAUCUUGCUGGCAAUGCUGAAGCUCUAAAGAUGGUGACAUCGAUGGCUAACUACUUUUACACGCGUGUCCAGAAUGUGGUAAAGCAGUACAGUAUUGAGCGACAUUGGUUGUCACUAAACGAAGAGACUGGUGGCAUGAAUGAUGUCCUUUACCAGCUGUACAUUGUCACGGGUGAUCAGAAGCACUUAUUGCUGGCUCAUCUUUUCGACAAACCAUGCUUUUUAGGAGUUCUUGCAAUGAAGGCUGAUGAUAUAUCUGGAUUUCAUUCAAACACACACAUCCCAAUCGUUAUUGGUGCUCAAAUGCGAUAUGAAAUAACGGGUGAUGAACUAUACAAGGAAAUAGGAACAUUUUUCUUGGAUGUUGUAAACUCCACCCACAGUUUUGCAACAGGAGGAACUUCAGUGGGAGAAUUCUGGGCUGACCCAAAGAGAUUAGGUGACAGGCUACAUACUGAAAAUGAAGAGUCUUGUACAACUUACAAUAUGCUAAAGGUUUCACGUAACCUUUUCAGAUGGACCAAAGAAAUGACUUAUGCAGAUUACUACGAACGGGCGCUCACCAAUGGUGUGCUAAGCAUACAGAGGGGUACCGAGCCUGGUGUCAUGAUCUAUAUGUUGCCUUUAGGGCACGGUGUUUCCAAAGGAAGAAGCUAUCACGGCUGGGGAACACAGUUCAGUUCUUUCUGGUGUUGCUAUGGAACAGGAGUUGAAUCAUUCUCAAAAUUAGGAGAUUCAAUAUACUUUGAAGAGAGGGGAAAAGUACCUGGACUCUAUGUUAUUCAGUACAUACCAAGCACACUUGAUUGGACUUCUGCACAAAUAUCACUAACCCAGGUUGUAGAUAAUGCUGUUUCCUGGGAUCAAAACCUGAAAGUAAAAGUUACAGUUUCAGCGAAGGAGGGUUCAGGGACAGCUACCCUAAAUUUACGCAUACCAUCUUGGACAUCUUUGAGUGGUUCAAAAGCCUCGCUAAAUGGAGAUGAUUUUCCUUUGCCUGAUCCAGGUAAUUUCCUAACAAUAUCCAAAAACUGGGGCAACAACGAUGUAGUUGAACUGCAGUUUCCGCUGGUCCUUAGAACAGAAUCUAUUCAAGAUGAUCGUCCUGAUUUUGCCUCACUACAAGCAAUAUUAUACGGACCUUACUUGCUUGGAGGUCUAUCAAGGGGUGACUAUGACAUUCAAACUGGAUCAUUCAACUCUAUUUCAGACUGGAUAACCCCUGUUCCAGCAGACUAUAAUUCCAAUCUAGUUUCCCUAUCUCAAGAAGUUGAAAACUUGAAGUUCUUCCUCUCAACCCAAAACCAACUUACUACAAUGCAAGGAUCUCCGCAAGCUGGGAAUGAUACUUAUGUUCAUGCUACUUUUAGGCUCAUUUUGAAAGAUCAAUCUUUAAAGAAAAGGAAACACGCGAUACCAAAAAGUUUCAUCGGUAAACUAGUCAUGUUAGAACCUUUUGAUCUUCCAGGAAUGGUAGUUGCUCACCAAGGGGGAGGUAACGUACUAACUGUUAUAGAUGCAGCAGCUGAUAAACAAUCUGCUGAAUUUCUCAUAGUCCAGGGAUUGAAUGGAGUCGAUGGAAUGAUCUCUUUAAGAACGAAAGAGGGCUGCUUUGUGUACAGUGAUAUUGGCUCUAAAUCUGACCUGAAUGUGAAGCUAAGCUGUGAAUCAAAGAGUUCGGAUCCUUCGUUCAAGAACGCGGUGAGCUUCAUAUGGAAUGAAGGUCUUAAGAAGUAUCAUCCUAUUAGCUUUGUGGCAAAAGGGUUAAGAAGGAGCUAUGUUCUUGAACCAUUAUUUGGAUUGAGAGAUGAAUUCUAUAAUGUUUACUUCAAUAUCACUAAAUAGUAGAUCACUAAAUUUCUUUGUACAUUGCUAGGUCCAUAAAUACUAGGUUUCCACUUAUUUUUUUUCUUCUUCACUUCUAUAAAAGUAACAAUUCAACCGAGAAGACAAUGCUUCUAAUUGAUCCUCUUGAUGAUGUAUUGAAGACUUCUUGUUUGCUCAUUCAAGGUUGGAAAAUAAUAAGUUUACUACUUCCUCAAA